CCCCCCAACACACACGCAAACACACAAGAAACAAAUUUGAAGUCGCGGUUUAAAGCACAUAAGUAAAACGAUUCCUCUGCUUGGAGCUGCAAUUCUUGGCGGCGGAGGGAAGCUUUGAUCAAUCCAUCAAUGGCGGAAGCAGCGGCGUCGGCGGCGGUGGUGGAAGAAGAGCUGACACUAACAGUGCGGUGGAGUGGCAAGGAGUACACCGUCCGGGUGUGCGGUGAUGAUUCGGUGGCUGAGUUGAAGCGUCGAAUCUGCGAACUCACCAACGUACUCCCUAAGCGCCAGAAGCUUCUUUACCCUAAACUCGGAAAUAAAAUCUCCGAUGACUCGGUUCUCCUCUCCCAGCUCCCCCUCAAGUCCUCUCUGAAGAUGACCAUGAUUGGCACUGUUGAAGAGGAGAUCAUUGUGGAUCAAGUAGAUUCUCCUGAGGUUAUUGAUGAUUUUGAACUUGGGAAAGAUGAAGUUGUUGAAAUCAAGGACAAGGAGGUCAAUAAGCAAAAAUUGAGGAGGCGUAUUGAUCAAUUUAAGAUUGAACUCCGGAAUCCAUGUCGUAAAGGGAAAAAGCUACUUGUUCUGGAUAUCGAUUAUACUCUUUUUGAUCAUCGGUCCACAGCAGAGAACCCACUUGAACUUAUGCGGCCUUACCUACACGAGUUUCUCACUGCUGUUUAUGCAGAGUAUGAUAUCAUUAUAUGGUCUGCAACCAGAUUGAAGUGGAUUGAAUUGAAGAUGGGACAGCUGGGCGUACUCAACAACCCCAACUACAAAAUCACGGCUCUUCUAGACCAUCUAGCAAUGAUAACAGUUCAAUCAGAUUCUCGUGGGAACUUUGACUGCAAGCCACUUGGCUUGAUUUGGACCCAAUUCCCUGAGUUUUACAGCUCCAAGAACACCAUUAUGUUCGAUGAUCUGCGAAGAAAUUUUGUGAUGAACCCGCAGAAUGGUUUGACAAUCAGGCCAUUCAAGAAAGCUCAUUCAAGCCGAGACAGUGAUCAGGAGCUUGUGAAGCUCACCCAGUACUUGCUUGCCAUAGCAGAACUGGAUGACCUGAGCAGCCUUGAUCAUAAGUACUGGGAGUCCUACAACGAGGACAAUGCCAAGAGGCGCCGCCACACUUGAUUGAUCGCAGUAGCACAUGUGCUUUUUCUUUUACUGGGCAGCAGGUUUUGUACUUAUAACAUGCUGCCUAUGGCCAUAUUCUGUAGCAUGCAUCUUAAUUGCUAAUGUGUAUGUAAUGUGGAUUCAGAAAAUCUUGUUUUUCAGCCUUCCCACUAUACUUUGGGUUGGCAGGCUGACAAACUUGUUUUACAACCUGUAUUUUGCAGAAUUUUUUUUUCACAUGUAAUAAUUUUUUCUUGCUAUUUAUUUCUAAUACAAUGCCUUUGAGAGGAUCAAUUCUCCCA